GAGAGAGACACAGAUCCAUGGAUCUUGGAAGAUAUCCCGAGAGAGCGCCAGUAUCUUUUGAAAUUCAACAUCAGAGACCCUGGUUUUAUACAACACCAGAGCCAUUGCAUCUCUCUCUCCCCGUGUACGUCUAUGGCGUGUCAUCUCAGAAAAGUAGAUAAACCUGCCGAGAGAAAAACCUUCGAAAACCCCCCCUUAAUUUGAACCAGAAUGCCCCAGGGACGCAAAACCCUCCCAUGGCCAACCUCUCACUGCCCCUUAUCUUCUCUAUCCUCCCCCUCUCCCUCCUCUCUCUCCUCCUCUUCCUCGCGCCGCGAACCCCAUUACUCCGUCCCCGCUCUCGCUUCCUCUCCGCCUCAAAUCUCACCGACCCACUUCCCCCGCCGCCCCGAAUCGCCUACUUUGUUGCCGGAUCCAAAGGCGACGGUGCUCGAAUGCUGAGGCUUCUCCUCGCCAUCUACCACCCCAGAAACCAGUACUUGUUGCAUCUCGACCUCCGCGCGCCGCAGCGGCAGAGGGAGGAGCUCGCGGCCCUGGUUCUUUCGGUCGACGCUUUCGUGGCCGCAGGGAAUGUGGAUGUUGUUGGGAAGGCGGAUUCUGUGAACUACGGAGGGUCGACGCCGCUCGCCUUGGUUCUUCAUGGCGCUGCCAUUUUGCUGAGGCGCGCCCAGGAUUGGGAUUGGUUUGUAAAUCUCGAUGCUUCUGAUUAUCCCCUCAUUCCUCAAGAUGAUUUUCUCCAUAUUCUGUCUUUUGUACCAAAGGAGUUUAACUUCAUAGAGCACACUAGAAGUAUUGGGUGGAAAGAGUACCAACGGGUUAUCCAGAUUGUUGUUGAUCCUGGUCUCUAUCUUGGAUCAAAAGGAGGAAUGUUCAUGGGUGACAAAAGGCGUACGCUGCCAGGAGCAUUCAGGUUUUUCACAGGCUCUCAACAUGUGAUUCUGAGUCGCAAGCUUGUCGAGUUCUCCAUCUUGGGAUGGGACAACCUCCCAAGAACACUCCUCUUGUUCUUCACAAACACUAGAUUCUCAAGCAAAGGCUACUUUCAGACUCUUGCUUGCAAUUCCAAAGAGUUUGUAAACACAGUCAUCAACUCCAAUUUGAGAUUUAUAGCAUGGGAUAACCCUCCCCAAGAAGAGCCCCGGAAUCUAAGGCAUUCCGAUUUGAAGAAGAUGCUGAGGAGUGGAGCGGCUUUUGCUGGGAAAUUCCCCCAUAACGAUCCUGUUCUGGACAGGAUUGACUCAACAAUUCUUCACCGAGGUCAGGGUACAGUGUCGCCGGGAGGGUGGUGUUUAGGUAAGGCAGGAAGGGGCAGAGAUCCUUGCUGGCAGUGGGGUGAUGCUAAUAUUCUCAGACCAGGGCCAGCUGCAAAGAGAUUUGAGAAGCUCUUGCUAAGAUUACUGAGAAAAAACUCAACCCUCCAUACUAAUCUGUGCAUUCAAUGAUGAUCUGCGGCUGCUGUUCUUCUGUUGUGGAUUAUUGAGUUGUAGAUUCCACUGCCCAAUCUUCUUCUUCUUGUUAUCACAUUGAGGUGAUUAGAUAACAAUUGCAGGCUCUGAAAUGAUGAAGUUUGGAUAAUUUCUUCUUCUUCUUUUUUUGACUCAAAAGAUUUUGUUGGAGUCAACUCAAUACAAGUUAAACAAUUAAUGAAAUCGACCGUAUUGAGUUGUGGCUCAUAUUUAGAGGAUAUAUACUUUAAAACUGUUACAAAUGUGAGGGCUCAAGGGUUAGCAGGGCCCAUGAACCCUCCAUGUAUGAGACUUUGUUUGUUUAAACUAGUGAAAUGGGGAUGCAUUGGUGCUGCAA